AUGCCCAACGCGGAGAAACCAUCACCAUUGGAUCAAUAUGACCCGUCGGGUCUACCGGACUUUGACCGAGAGUUCAUCAAGCCAGAAGAGCUGCAGAGUUUCGAGCGAGCACUCAACGCACCCGAAGCAUCUCCACUAGUAGCCAUCAAUGACUGGCGCCCGAUUCACCAACGAGUCCGCAAGACCCGCGGCCGUCGUAAAACGCCCAAGCGAAGCAGGGACGAGACCAGAGAGGGGUGCUGUAUACGCUGCGGCUAUGCCUUGGUUCGGGUAUACAUUGUGCUGUAUGAACAAUGGGUCUCCUGGCGUGGAAAGAGACAGCGCCUGAGACGUGAGCUGUGGCAACAGACGGACUAUCCCAGCUGGCUGGAGGCCGCUCGCGCGCUAGAUGCCUACCUGGGAAAUGAAAAGUGGCAGGAGACCGACGAGUACGCCUACUAUGAUCAUCUCACCAUCAAUAAAGUGGUGAGUCAGUUGAAGAAGGUCCGGUACGAGGCGGAGCAAGAGACAGCAGGCGCUACCAGUACCGAGGAGACUCCCGCAAUUGAGGAACUCCGCGCCCUCCUUGAAGCGUGUGUGAAGAACAAUUUUGCAGGCGUGGAGAACCCGCGUAUGUACAGCGAGGCCUACUCGGGUACCAAGGAUCUGGUGCAGGAAUACAUUGAUGAGGUACGUAGGUGCAUUCAGCUGGUGGGGGACAGCCGGCAACUUGACAAAGAGGCCAAGUAUCAACAUUUCAAACACCUCGAUACCAACUUUGGCCGGACCGCGUUGUGUCUGUCAGGAGGAGCAACGUUUGCAUACUAUCAUUUUGGAGUUGUGAAGGCUCUGCUCGACAAUGGCGUUCUGCCAGAGAUCAUCACGGGGACGUCGGGAGGAGCCCUCGUCGCAGGCUUGGUAGCUACCCGCACCGAUGAAGAAUUGAAACAACUGCUUGUCCCAGCCCUUGCGCACCGUAUUCGUGCCUGCCACGAAGGGUUCACAACGUGGAUUCAGCGUUGGUGGAAGACUGGUGCUCGAUUUGACACCGUUCACUGGGCCCAGCAGUGCAGUUGGUUCUGCCGAGGAUCAACGACCUUCCGAGAGGCUUAUGAACGCACUGGCCGCAUCCUGAAUGUGUCCUGUGUCCCAUCGGACCCUCACUCCCCCACGAUCUUGGCAAACUACCUGACCUGUCCCGACUGCGUCAUCUGGAGUGCGGUGCUCGCCUCGGCUGCGGUGCCAGGCAUCUUGAACCCGGUGGUUUUGAUGACCAAGAAGCGGGACGGUACGCUGGCACCUUACUCCUUUGGUCAUAAAUGGAAAGACGGAAGUCUACGAACCGAUAUUCCCAUCAGGGCACUCAACCUACAUUUCAAUGUCAACUUCACAAUCGUGUCUCAGGUCAACCCGCAUGUCAACCUUUUCUUCUUCAGCUCUCGGGGUACCGUGGGCCGUCCUGUCACCCAUCGCAAAGGCCGUGGCUGGCGUGGCGGAUUCCUCGGUACCGCCAUCGAGCAAUACAUCAAGCUGGAUUUGAACAAGUGGUUGCGAGUAUUACGGCAUCUAGAGCUGCUGCCGCGGCCCAUGGGGCAAGACUGGAGCGAGAUCUGGCUUCAAAAAUUCAGCGGCACCGUCACGCUUUGGCCCAAAACCAUCCCCUCUGAUUUUUACCAUAUCUUGUCUGAUCCAACCCCUGAGCGACUUGCCCGCAUGAUUCACGUGGGUCAGCAGAGCGCUUUCCCCAAAAUUCAAUUUAUUAAGAAUCGACUCAAUAUCGAGAAUGCGAUUAUGAGGGGGCUUCAGCGACACUCGGCGACGGGAGGCCGUUCACUCUCUCCGAUCCUGUCUCGCAGAGUACCAGCUCCGGAGCUGGAGCCCUCAGAUGCCCUGUCGCAGAGACUGGAUGCAAGUUUCCCUGAGAGACACGAUGAUGGCAAUCUCCGUGACUUCGAUCUUUCCGACGGCUUUUCUCAUUCAACCGCUUCCUCUCGCCUAUCUUCACGACGGGGUAGUUUGAUUGACGAGGUACGACGCCAGUCUGCAGUCUUUUUCGACGAGUACGGCGAUGAAGAUGCUCUGAUCACCUGA